AUAUGAAUGAAAAUCUCUGCCCUCCACACCACUGAGCCCUGACAUGUAUUGCAACAGUGUUGCAAUCUCUCCACUUUCUAUCACCUCUCGUGAGAGGCAAAGCGGGCCGACUUUUGGAGGAAAAAGGCUCACGGUGUUUCCAGUCAAGCCCACCUUUAACACCAAUCCAAACAUAGAUAUUAAAGCCACGAAUAAAAAAUCCAAAGAAACCUAGGCAGGCAGUUUCAAGCAACGACGCUAAUGGUCCCAAAAGAUCCCCCAGAGCUAUAAAGCUCCCAGCCCAACUCUGACCCUCGCGUUAAGGUUGAAGGACUGUGACGUCACAAGGCUUCUGACCCCAAGACUAGGACCCCUAUGAUUGGACAAUUCAGAUGAGGGCGGUGAUGGGGAGAAAAGGGCGGGAACAAAACCCAGAGACAAAGAAAUAAGAUUUUUGGGUGGGACAAUAAGGGGAGGAGCAAGCGGAGGGGCUCCCAGCCCAAGGUCCCUAUAUAUAGUCUUGAUUCUGCCCACCGGGACUCCAAGGAGCAUAGUAGGAGGAGGGAUCCAAGCAUCCCUUGUCCUCCGCGGUGGGGGCGGGGCCUCAGGGGAGAGGCUAUGUGGAGCAGGGAGGCGGGUCGGGGUAGUUGAGAGUGGCCCCCUAGUGGGGUCAUGGAGAAGCAGGACUCUCUGGGGGCUGCUGGCGGCCUCAAUCGGGAAUUCCUUGGAGGGGCAACCAGGGGAGUGCCAGGAGGCAUCAGAGGAGUCGAGGCAGGCGCCGGGCUGCCCUCCGGAGUUGUCUUGUCUCACGGUUCUGGGCACCCUCUGCACUCUGGGGGAGUUGUAAUUCGCAGUCCUGGUUCUAGCUGGCCCUCCGGGGUGAUAGCAGUCCUCGGUUCCGGGCCCAACCAACAUCCUGGGGAGGUUGCAGGCCACAGCCUUGGGUCCGGCACAUACCCUGGCGGAUUUAAUGCCCCCUUUCCUGGAACAAGCAUAUCUCGGACGUCUGGCCUUGGGUCCGAGGGGUCUGGGGUACACAACUCCGGAUGCAGUCCGCGCUCGGGGUCAACUUGCUUGCACCACCACAAACCCUGUGAGGAUCGGCCCCGGAGCAUCCUAAAAAACAGUAGCUCCACCUUGAUGCAUAAAUCCCCCACUGAGGAAAAGAAAAAAUCUCAGCACUGGGAUGAAAUGAAUAUCGUGGCCACCUACCACCCUGUUGACAAGGACUACGGAUUCAUGAAGGUGGAUGAGCCCAGCACUCCCUACCACAGGCUGCAAGACAGCGACGAGAACCUGCUCGCAGGGUCAUCCCACACAGUGACUCCAGAAGCACUAGCAGAGAGGUUUGCAACAGUGGACAAUUUCUGCCCCAAGGUCCUCCAGUAUGGUGAUAACAGAAGCUCAGGGUCUUCAGACAACUUUUCCAAGACAUGUGAGAGGAGAGACUCCAGUGAUUUUGAGAAGCGCCGUAAGGCACACUACAAUGAAGGAAAAUUCCUCAAGAAUCAGAAAAACCUGCCAUUGGAUAAUAACAACAGCAAUGUGGGUAAUGUCAGUAAGGGCAGUGGCGGUCGAAGUAUGAUGCUGGACCCAGGGCCCAGGCUUGCAGAGAGAAGCUGGGCAGGAGGACUGUCCAGAGGAGUCAAAGAUGAGAUUGGCCUGAUGACCAGGAACCACAUCCCAGAAGCCCAGGAUUCCUCUACCUUCAGAAAUCUGUCCCCAGCUUCAACUACCAUCACGUUGGACAAGAUGCAGCGAAAGGAGUAUUAUAGCAAAGGAAGAUACCUGAGGUCCUGUCCCCACCCAGAGCUUGAGGAGGACAUGGAAGAUGAGCAGCAGAACAGCUCCACAAGCUUGAACGGGGCGAGUGAGAAUUCCAUAAGAACUGAGGUCCGUUUGCUGGACCACAUGGGAAGCCCCCUUCAGGAUCACAAGGCCAUCGAGAACUCCCUGAGAAUGACAGUGACACCACUGCAGCCUGAUGAAUCCCUGUGGCUUCUAUGGACUCAGGAGAAGGAAACCAGACAACAGAAAAUGCCCCGCCUCUGCCCCUCCCAGCGCUGCCUGGAAGUGUGGGGGUUAGAGCUCCUCCUAGGACACCCCUUUCCCUUGGGAAAAGAAUUGCGGACCCCCCCCAGGCUCUACCCAGGAGAGGACCCUCUCCUCCUUCCUCAUCAACGCCCCUCCUGGGGCAGGAAGUGCCUCUACCUGCAUCCCCACCUGCCUGGCCCCAGGGACCACUGGCCCCACAGCAGUCAAACUGAGAUGACGGUCAAGCUGGACUUCGAAGAGUGUCUUAAGGACUCGCCCCGCUUCCGAGCCUCUAUAGAGCUGGUGGAAGCCGAAGUAUCUGAAUUGGAGACCCGACUGGAAAAGCUCCUCAAGCUGGGUAAUGGCCUCCUGGAAAGUGGACGUCAUUACCUUGCUGCUGGCCGUGCCUUCAUUGUUGGCAUUUGUGAUCUGGCCCGCCUGGGUCCACCAGAGCCCAUGAUGGUGGAAUGUCUAGACAAAUUCACUGAGAGCCUGAGCCACAAGCUGGAUAGCCAUUCGGAGCUUCUAGAUGCCACCCAGCAUACGCUGCAGCAGCAAAUCCAAACCUUGGUCAAGGAAGGUCUCCGGGGUUUCCGAGAGGCUCGCCGGGAUUUCUGGCGGGGGGCUGAGAGCCUGGAGGCUGCUCUUACCCACAACGCAGAAGUCCCUAGGCGCCGGAUCCAGGAAGCAGAAGAGGCAGGAGCUGCUUUGAAGACUGCUCGAGCUGGGUACCGGGGACGGGCACUGGAUUAUGCCCUGCAGAUCAAUGUGAUUGAGGACAAGAGGAAGUUUGACAUCAUGGAGUUUGUGCUGCGUUUGGUGGAGGCCCAGGCUACCCAUUUCCAGCAGGGCCACGAAGAGCUGAGCCGGCUGGCCCAGUAUCGCAAGGAGCUGGGCGCCCAGUUGCACCAGCUGGUUUUGAAUUCAGCUCGAGAGAAGAGAGACAUGGAGCAGAGACAUGUGCUGCUGAAACAAAAGGAGCUGGGUGGGGAGGAACCAGAGCCAAGCCUAAAGGCGGGGUCUGGUGGCCUGGUCAUGGAAGGACAUCUCUUCAAACGGGCCAGCAAUGCAUUUAAGACCUGGAGCAGACGGUGGUUCACUAUUCAGAGCAACCAACUGGUUUAUCAGAAGAAGUACAAGGACCCUGUGACUGUGGUAGUAGAUGACCUUCGUCUCUGCACAGUGAAGCUCUGUCCUGACUCAGAAAGGAGGUUCUGCUUUGAGGUGGUAUCCCCAAGCAAGUCCUGCCUCCUACAGGCUGACUCAGAACGCCUCCUGCAGCUGUGGAUCAGCGCUGUACAAAGCAGCAUUGCCACAGCCUUCAGCCAGGCUCACCUUGAUGACAGCCCCCGGGGUCCAGGCCAGGGCUCAGGACACCUGGGCAUGGGCUCCGCUGCCACCCUGGGUUCCGGCGGGACGACCAAGGGAAGGGAGCCUGGUGGAGUGGGGCAUGUGGCAGCUCAGGUGCAGAGUGUGGAUGGCAAUGCCCAGUGUUGCGACUGCCGAGAACCAGCCCCUGAGUGGGCCAGCAUCAACCUUGGUGUCACCCUCUGCAUUCAGUGCUCCGGCAUCCACAGGAGCCUUGGAGUUCAUUUCUCUAAAGUCCGGUCUCUGACACUUGACUCAUGGGAGCCGGAACUAGUGAAGCUUAUGUGUGAGCUGGGAAAUGUAGUCAUCAACCAAAUCUAUGAGGCCCGUGUGGAGGCCAUGGCUGUGAAGAAGCCAGGCCCCAGCUGCUCCCGGCAGGAGAAGGAGGCCUGGAUUCAUGCCAAAUACGUAGAGAAGAAGUUCCUGACCAAGCUUCCUGAGAUUCGAGGGCGAAGAGGUGGCCGGGGCCCCCCAAGGGGGCAGCCUCCUGUGCCCCCAAAGCCUUCCAUUAAGCCCCAGCCGGGGAACUUCAGAUCCAAGCCAGAGCCACCCUCUGAUAACCUGGGCAGCCUGCAUCCUGGGGCUCUGCUGUUUCGAGCGGCUGGGCAUCCUCCAUCCCUCCCCACCAUGGCUGAUGCCCUCGCCCAUGGAGCCGAUGUCAACUGGGUCAACGUGGGUCAGGAGAAUGCCACACCACUGAUUCAGGCCACAGCUGCUAAUUCUCUUCUGGCCUGUGAAUUUCUCCUUCAGAAUGGGGCUAACGUGAACCAGGCAGACAGUCACGGCCGGGGUCCGCUCCACCACGCAACCAUUCUUGGGCAUACUGGGCUGGCCUGCCUGUUCCUGAAAAGGGGAGCUGACCUGGGAGCUCAGGACUCUGAAGGCAGGGACCCUCUGACUAUCGCCAUGGAAACAGCCAAUGCUGACAUCGUCACCCUGCUACGGUUGGCAAAGAUGAGAGAGGCUGAAGCAGCCCAGGGCCAGACAGGAGAUGAGACGUAUCUGGACAUCUUCCGUGACUUCUCUCUCAUGGCUUCAGACGACCCGGAGAAGCUGAGCCGGCGUAGUCAUGAUCUCCACACGCUUUGAUUUCAGGCCUUCGUGAGCCUGCGAGCGACCCCUGCCCUUCCUCUCCCACUGCUGACUCCGUUGCCAUUAAAGCCCAUGUACUUUGCUCUUCC